GGUAUGACACCUCUGAUGUACGCCUGUGCUGCUGGGGAUGAAGCCAUGGUCCAGAUGUUGAUUGAUGCUGGGGCAAACUUGGACAUCCAGGUUCCAAGCAACUCUCCCAGACACCCCUCCAUCCACCCUGACAGCAGGCACUGGACCUCACUGACGUUUGCUGUGCUGCAUGGACACAUCUCUGUAGUGCAGUUGCUGCUGGACGCUGGUGCCCAUGUGGAAGGCUCGGCAGUAAACAGUGGCGAGGACAGCUAUGCAGAGACGCCCCUGCAGCUGGCCUCUGCAGCGGGGAACUACGAACUGGUCAGCUUGCUGCUGAGCCGAGGCGCAGACCCCCUCCUCAGCAUGCUCGAAGCCAAUGGCCUGGUCUCCUCCCUCCAUGAGGACAUGAACUGCUUCAGCCACUCUGCCGCCCAUGGCCACAGGAACGUCCUGAGGAAGCUUCUGACUCAGCCGCAGCAGGCCAAAGCAGACGUGCUGUCCCUAGAGGAGAUCCUAGCUGAGGGCGUGGAGGAAAGUGAUGCGUCCAGCCAGGGCAGUGGCAGCGAGGGACCUGUGCGACUCAGCCGGACCCGCACAAAGGCCCUGCAGGAGGCCAUGUACUAUAGCGCCGAGCAUGGCUACGUGGACAUCACCAUGGAGCUGAGAGCCCUGGGUGUCCCCUGGAAACUGCACAUCUGGAUCGAGUCUCUGCGGACCUCGUUCUCCCAGUCGCGGUACUCAGUGGUGCAGAGCCUCCUGCGGGACUUCAGCUCCAUCAAGGAGGAGGAGUACAACGAGGAGCUGGUGACUGAGGGCUUGCAACUCAUGUUUGACAUCCUCAAGACCAGCAAAAAUGACUCUGUCAUCCAGCAGCUGGCCACCAUCUUCACCCACUGCUAUGGCAGCAGCCCCAUCCCCAGCAUCCCGGAGCUCCGUAAGACUCUGCCGGCCAGGCUAGAUCCUCACUUUCUGAACAACAAAGAGAUGUCAGAUGUGACCUUCCUAGUGGAGGGAAAGCUGUUUUAUGCACACAAAGUCCUGCUGGUGACAGCUUCUAACAGGUUCAAGACACUAAUGACCAAUAAAUCAGAACAAGACGGGGACAGCAGCAAAACCAUUGAGAUCAGCGACAUGAAGUACCACAUUUUUCAGAUGAUGAUGCAGUAUCUGUACUAUGGAGGAACAGAAUCCAUGGAAAUCCCCACGGCUGACAUUCUGGAGCUGCUCUCAGCUGCCAGCCUGUUCCAACUGGAUGCCCUGCAGAGGCACUGUGAGAUCCUGUGCUCCCAGACGCUCAGCGUGGAGAGUGCUGUGAACACCUACAAAUACGCCAAGAUCCACAACGCCCCCGAACUGGCCCUCUUCUGUGAGGGCUUCUUCCUCAAGCACAUGAAGGCCCUCCUGGAACAGGACGCCUUCCGGCAGCUCAUCUAUGGCCGCAGCAGCAAAGUGCAAGGUCUAGACCCACUGCAGGAUCUGCAGAGCACCCUGGCCGAGCGUGUGCACUCUGUCUACGUGACCUCUCGGGUGUGAGGCAGGUUGUGGGACAGGCUGCAGGCCCUCUUGGAGCCUGGCUCAUGGGCUAUUUCCCCACCACCUUUUCUGGAGGUAAUCUACCCUUGGAUAGGCAGAUGUGCCCUGCGUCUAGCUGUCUGCCUAACAAGUGACCGGCAAGGAGGGUGGCGUGCACCUAAAGGUAGCCCUUUUCUGCAUCCUCACAGUUUGCACCUUGAGGACCAUCCCUGAGGCUCAGCAGCAGGUCCUUAACGACCUCGCCUCUAAGCUCUCUGCACCCCAGCUGGGGCACUUGGGACUAUGGGCAUCCCUAGGAACACACAGAAUGUAUCCUCUCUGCCCCAGGCCACUGAGAGCAAAAGCUUGCCUUUGUUCUCUUAUAUGUCACAGAUCCUGGCCCUGUCCUCCAGGCUGUGCCUUUAAAAGGCCUGGCAUGGGCCACUAUUAUAGAGGCUGGGCCUACAGUCCCUUCAGGAUUGCUAACUUUAGUCCCAGCUCAAGGAUUCUGAGCCCAGGGUGUAAAAGGGGUACAGUGUAGAGCACAGUGGCUUCAAGCUCUUGCUGCUGCAGCGAGGGGCCAAAAUAAAGGGGUGGAACCUCAGGCCUGGCUCUAGGCUGCCUCUGUGGACUCGGGCAGCAGUGCCUACACGUUCCCCUGGUGGAGCCUCUCAAGUGAAAGUUUCCUUUAACUCAGGACUGGAGAGCAGGGCACACUUCUCACUGGGAACUGCAGCCUUAGGCAUAAAGAACAUGGCACUGGUGGGAGGGAGGGGCUGGGAAAAGCCCCUCACCAUGUCCCCUCCCUUGCCUGCCCUCACGGUCUUGGCUCCCCACACCUGACCUGUUGACGGACCAGACACUGGGACAGCUUGCUCUGAGUGUAGUGUGGCUGCACCUUAGAAACUAUUUAUUCACCAAAAGCCCUAGGAAUUUUAGGAGGUGUCACUUAAGUCACCUUGAAAAACCCCCAGGGGCUUGCAAUUCUGGAAAAUAUUUUCAACUAGCUUCUUGAGCUGGAUGUACAAAGAAUAGGUGUUAUUUUAUUGCUGUAAUAUUGUAUGAUACUGUAACUGUACAUUAAUGUUGUCACUUCAUGUAAAUGUACUAUGGUUUUAUUAACAAUAAAAAUACAUUAACAAUGAUGUUGGCCUCACUACUUCUGGUAGAAGGUUACUUGGAGUUCAGAGCUGGGGAGGUGCCCCACAGGACCAGAAAGGAAACCCAGAGCCGAUUCCAUGCCACUCAGUAGGAAAAAACCCCCUACCAGAGCGUACUGUGCCAUGCCACACUCACCUCUGCCCUGGGACCUCAACCUGGCGCUAUCCCUCACUGGGCUGUUUUCCUCACCUGUGAAAUGAGAUACAUCAUUAUUUAUUAUGUAUGUGCCACUCGACUGGACAGAAGCCAGACUGGGGAAAGAGGACAGUGUCUAGGGCUUUCCUAACCUUUGAUCCCAGGCCUCCCUGGAAGGAUGGGAUGGGGAGCUGCUUACAUAUUUUGCAUUCUCAUGCCAACCUCACACAUUGAGGACUGGCAGGGAGGGGCCUCUCUCCCCAGCCCUGGCCUGAUUGAGACAGAGGCACCUGCCUUUGGGCCUGCAGCUUGCUGAGCCCUGGCUGACUGAACCACCAAGGGGACCCUGAAACAGAUAACGGGUUAUGCUGAGUCAAGUGCGAAGUCUGGGCACAAAGAACAAUUCUUAAGGUCACUGGGAACCUAACCCAAAGUGGCUGUGAUUCAGGAACACGCUGCCUGAACACAAACUUGGGGGAUGACAAAGGUCACUAGGAGCCAGUCCUGGGAAAGGCCCUGGUGGAGACCAAGCAGAGUGGACCCAGGGACCUUGCAGAGUGAGAGAGCCCUACGGUGUGUGGCCCACAGCGCCCUCUGGGGGCUGCAGGGAGGAGAUGAGCUGCUCAGCACCACCUUAUAUGGCAGAUACUAUGAAGGUUGCAGAGGUGGUCCCUCCUCAUUGCUUGAGCCCCUUCAGGGGUCUGGAUCCCUUGAAGGGAUCCAGUAUGGAUCUCCCCAGUAGGCAGAGAAAUUAAAGAAAGGGACA